CAAAGGUCGUAGUCCAAAAAUGUAUUUUGUAAACAGAAAAAAUCAUAACAUAUCACGACAUAUCAUGUGAAUACAACUUUCGAAUUCGAUAAAACGUUUAGUUUGUGGAUACUAUGAGUUUUAAUUAUACAAUAAUGAGUACUACUCGUAGUCAAGUUAUACAAUUAUACAAAACCUUAUUACACUUAGGAAAAGAUUAUCCAACUGGCUUUGAACCAUUUCGAGCGAAGUUACACAAUGCUUUUAUGAGAAAUAAAGAUGAAACUGAUCCUAAAAAGAUUGAGAAACAAAUUGCUCUUGGACAAUAUAUUGUCAAGGAAAUAGAGGCCUUAUAUAUGUUGAAAAAAUAUCGCACGUUAAAGCGAAGAUAUUAUGAAGACCAAUAAAUUAGUAGCUUAUAAUCCGUUUAAUAGAGUUGCUUGUAAAUAUU